AUGAUGAUGAUGCCGCUGAACGGGAAGCAGGCGUUCGGCAUGCCGCCGCCCUCCUCCAACCUGGCCGAGCCCAAGUACUCCAGCCUGCACUCAUCCUCCGAGACCAUGUGCCGAGUGUGUCUGCCCAAUUUGCAAUUGCAGAGCAAUAUAUUCGGCGGGCUGGAUGAAAGUUUGGUGGGCCGAGCUGAGGCUCUGGCGGCUGUGGAGAUUGGAGCUCAGAGCAGCAAGAACCAGCCGUUCAAGCCGGACGCCACCUACCACAACAUGAACAGCAUCCCGUGCAGCUCGAGCUCGUCCUCGGGGCCCAUCACUCACCCGCCGUCCCAUCACCAUCACCAUCACCACCAUCACCACCACCACCAGCACCAUCAGCACCCACACCAGCCUCACCAGAACCUGGAGGGCGAGCUGCUGGAGCACAUCUCCCCCGGCCUGGGGCUGCCCACCAUUACCGCCCCGGACGGCAGUGUGGUGUCGCCGCCGCCCCCCGGCCCCCCUCACAUGGCGGCCAUCAACCACAUGCACCAGGCCAUGAGCAUGGCCGCCCACGGCCACGGCCUGGCUGCCUCACACCCGGCCCUGGGCUGCAUGAGCGAGGUGGACGCCGACCCCCGCGACCUGGAGGCUUUCGCCGAGCGCUUCAAGCAGAGGAGGAUCAAGCUGGGGGUGACCCAGGCGGACGUGGGCUCGGCCCUGGCCAACCUGAAGAUCCCCGGGGUGGGCUCGCUCAGCCAGAGCACCAUCUGCAGGUUCGAGUCUCUCACCCUGUCCCACAACAACAUGAUCGCCCUCAAGCCCAUCCUGCAAGCCUGGCUGGAAGAAGCCGAGAAGUCCCACCGGGAGAAGCUCAGCAAGCCCGAGCUCUUCAACGGCGCCGACAAGAAGAGGAAGCGCACGUCGAUCGCCGCCCCGGAGAAGAGGUCUCUGGAAGCUUACUUCGCCAUCCAGCCCCGGCCAUCGUCCGAGAAAAUCGCAGCCAUCGCCGAGAAACUAGACCUCAAAAAGAACGUGGUCAGAGUCUGGUUUUGUAACCAGAGGCAGAAACAGAAACGGAUGAAAUACUCUGCAGGUCACUAG